GCAAAUCACGCGGCCGGCCGGAGCGGAACGCGGCGGCGGCGGGAGGUGUUUCAGAGUCUCCUUCCACAGCCCGAGAUGCAGGCAAACUCCCUUCUCCACAGUGGCUACUUCCACCCAGUGCUUCGCUCCUGGCAGUGCACAGCAACCACCUUUGAUGCCUCCAACCUCAUCUACCCCAUUUUUGUCACUGACAGCCCUGAUGCCGUGGAGCCCAUCCCCAGCCUCCCUGGACAAGCCAGGUAUGGAGUCAACAAGCUGGAGGGGAUGCUGCGUCCCCUCGUUGAGGACGGCCUGAAGUGUGUGCUCAUCUUCGGGGUGCCCAGCAAGCUCCACAAGGACGAGAGAGGCUCUGCUGCUGAUGCUGAGAACACACCUGCCAUCCAGGCCAUCCAGAAGAUCCGCUCCAUCUUCCCAGAGCUGCUCAUAGCCUGUGAUGUCUGCUUGUGCCCUUACACCUCCCAUGGGCACUGUGGCAUCCUGCGUGAGGACGGCACCAUCCAGAACGAGCUGAGCUGCCGGCGGCUGGCAGAAGUGGCGCUGGCCUACGCCAGAGCAGGCUGCCACAUCGUUGCCCCCUCAGACAUGAUGGACGGGCGCGUCGCGGCCAUGAAGAAGGCCCUGAUCUCCAAUGACUUUGGCAACAAGGUCUCGGUGAUGAGCUACAGCGCCAAGUUUGCUUCCUGCUUCUAUGGUCCCUUCAGGGAUGCUGCUCUAUCCAAACCCGCCUUUGGAGACAGGCGAUGCUACCAGCUGCCCCCGGGUGCCAGGGGCCUGGCCAUGCGUGCCGUGGACCGGGACGUGCAGGAGGGAGCAGACAUGCUGAUGGUGAAGCCGGGGAUGCCCUACCUGGACCUCGUGAGGGACGUCAAGGCCCGACACCCCACGCACCCGCUGGCCGUCUACCACGUCUCGGGGGAGUUCGCCAUGCUGUGGCACGGGGCGCAGGCCGGCGCCUUCGGCCUGGAGGCGGCCGUCAGGGAGGCCAUGGCGGCCUUCAGGCGCGCAGGCGCUGACGUCGUCAUCACCUACUUCGUGCCGCAGCUGCUGCGGUGGCUGCGGGAGGAGCCGGGGCGGGGCUGAGCGGGAUGCGGGGAGUGAUGCGG